AUGACUCGGAGUGGGGCAGAGGGACUAGCAGCCACCGGGACGAGUGAGGAGUGCGUCGGUGGGCCGAGUAGCACACGCGUCUCAAUGUCGUUUUUUUUGAGGGAAUUCUCGUCAGUGCGUGUGUGUAAGUACUGUUUUUGCGCAUCUCAACAGGUCAUGAGUGUGCAUUACCCGGCCAAGUUUACCAGUUUGCGCGCGUCCGGAAAUGUAAUUAUGGCAAAGCACACGGCAGUCUCCUCUUCAGCAUACUUUGCUGGUAGCGCUCGUUGCUCCACCUUGUGCCUCGCGGUCCCGGCAAAGCUUCGCGUGUUGGAAAGAACGUCAUCUCUUUGUGUUUCGCAUGAUGCACCAGGACGACGCCAGAUCACAUCACAGACACGGAUCCUCUCUUCAAGAACAUUCUCGUCGGCAACAACCCCCCAACUCACUGAAGCGCUGUCGCACUUCGAUCCGAAUGAGCGGCAAAAAGCCCUCCUUGCACUCGGCUUCGACACGACUGCAACCUCGAGGAAAAACGCACCGCCCUCCUCCGCCGCCGACGACACCCUCCGCACCGACACAGAUCUCCUCCUUACCAAGCUGGACAAGUGUAACGACUUGCUGCAGAAGAACAAAAAACGCCGCGUCUCUCUCCGCCAUUCGCCCGUCUUCAAGCAGUACGGGUCGAUGGGCACGCUGGCGACCUUUGGUGGCAGUCUCUUGUUCAUCCCCGCGAGCUUUUUCAGCGGCGUUUUUCUCUUCCCGGCAGCCUACUGCUGGUACCAGAACUGGAAGCAAUGGAAGAAAACUGACGAGAGAACGACGGUGACCACGACAGAAAUGGAGGACUUGGAAGAUUGGAGCAAAAAGUUGGAAGACCGGAAAAAGGACUUGAUUAAAGCUGUAGCAGAGGAGCUGAUGCAGGGAAAAAAAGCCGAGGCCGGAAAGUUUGCUGUCGAUGACUCUGGUUCUGGUUCGUUUCACGACUCCUGCACCAAGAGAAGUACCCAAAGCACUGAGACCGAAAACUCCCCUGCUGCUGCUACUGCCAUUGGGGCGCCUGCGACAGGCUGACUCUAGAGUUGCCUGCUUGCUUCUCCAUCAUCUACAACUUACUGAUACCUCCUACUUUCAGCAGCUCUCCAUGCAC